AUCGCUCAUUUUCAUUGUGGAGGUGAGACUAUUCUCGUUUCUCGGACUGACCAUCCGACGGUGUAAUGUGAGCAAUUUCACCCCAAAUUUUUCCUCCAUCCAGUGCCGUGCUUGGUGUCGUCAUCGUUUUUUUUACUUCGUCGAUAGCAGCCUUAUUGUUAUAGUGGUUAAGUUGGUGCUUGACAUAAGCCGUUCCGCAGAAGUCAGUGUUUGAGCGACGCAGAAAAUCGCGAAAAUUCUAUUCACGGUGGUCGAUGUAGACUGUAAAACUUGAAGCAGGAAACAACAGUUAUAGUGAACAGAGAAGCGCGAAAUAAACAGUGUUGUUUUGUCAGGUUUGCUGCUCACCUGAGGAAAGGGUCCAAAAAUGACGGCGUUAGGAGGUGCAAAAUUAUCCGUAUUCAGCUAUCUAAUGGUGGUUUAUCUGUUCUACAAUCCCACUGAUAGCGGCGCGGUUCAACUGACCAGUGAAAAUCUAGAUAUGACUUUAGCUUCUAAUGAACUAAUUUUUAUCAAUUUCUACGCGGAGUGGUGUAGGUUCAGUAACAUUCUGCAGCCGAUAUUUGACGAAGCGGCCGAUAAGGUUCGAGAAGCUUUCCCCGAUGCAGGCCGCGUAGUCAUGGGCAAGGUGGACUGCGACAAGGAAUCUACCGUCGCGAGUCGUUUUCACAUUUCCAAGUAUCCGACGUUGAAAGUUAUCCGAAACGGUCAGCCCACCAAGCGAGAAUACCGGGGAGCCAGAACAGUGGAAGCGUUCACCGAGUUCAUCAAAAAGCAGUUGGAAGAUCCGAUCAAAGAGUUCCACAACCUAAAGGACCUGGAAAUGUUAGACACUAAAAAACGAAUACUAGUGGGGUACUUCGAUCGACGCGACAUGCCGGAGUACAGCACAUUCCGGCGGGUGGCGAGCCAUCUAAAGGAGGACUGUGUGUUUCACGCUGGCUUUGGGGAUGUUGUUGCUGCCAUGCAUCCGCCAGGUCAACCGAUAAUUGUAUUUCGACCAGAUGUGGCGGUCACGGAUGGCAACGAUGAAGUCUUCAAAGGUGAUUUAAAUAGCUUUGACGAACUGAAUAUCUGGGUUCAGGAAAAUUGUGUGCCACUGGUGCGAGAAAUUACCUUUGAAAAUGCUGAAGAGCUUACGGAAGAGGGUCUUCCGUUCCUGAUUCUGUUCCAUGGUCCAGACGAUUUUCAAUCGAUCAAAGACUACAAGGCCGUAAUCGAAGGUCAACUGCUAUCAGAGAAACAAAACAUAAACUUUUUAACGGCUGAUGGUAAGCGAUUCGCGCAUCCACUGCACCAUCUUGGAAAAAGUCAAUCGGACCUACCGUUGAUUGCAAUCGACUCGUUCCGGCAUAUGUAUCUGUUCCCUAACUUCAAGGAUAUUUUUGUUCCCGGAAAAUUGAAACAAUUUCUCAAUGAUCUCUACAGUGGAAAAUUACAUCGGGAAUUCCACUAUGGGCCGGAGCGGACAGAUGAUAACACUAUCGAAAUUGCUACUAACCAAGAUGUAAAAAAAGGAACUACACCACCGGAAUCGACCUUCAAGCAUUUGGCUCCAUCUGACAAGCGGUAUACCCUGCUAAAAGACGAACUGUAAAGCAAAGUGAUGAGUGCGAAAAAUAGCGGCAAAACGUAUCCAAUUGUAAACCGUUGCGACCAGUGAAUGGUUAGCGUAGAAAAUUUCUUCUCUUUUCGUCCGAUGUGAUCACCCAGUAUCAGUUUUUUUUUUCUAGAUUUAUAGAGGCAGCACAGUGAGAAACCAUCGAACGAAUUCUUAACUUUUUCAUUUCCUCGCGCUGAUGAUGUUUUAAGUCCCAUGAUUCUACUUUCCACUACAAAAUACUUAAGGCUUUAGUCAACAACGCAAAUAGUAAUAGGAAAAUAAUCUAAACAAACCAGCGCAAUAGGAUAAUGUAGUACACAUUUUGAGGACUCUAAUUUAUCUGGGUUACGCUUGAACCAAGAAAUAGUUGGAUUUGAUAUGAAUGAGUGGAAGAAUAGAGUGUUUGUUGUGAAGGUUCACUAUCUUCUCCUGGAUUGGCUGUGACUGUUUUAAGUAAUGUAUGCGUGACCCUUGCCCACUACCGGAGAUAGGUUGAUCAAAAAUUGUGAAAAAAAAAUAAAAUUUUGAUUGCAGCAUGUUCCACUUAUUUGGUUGCAGAAAAAAUGAAGAAUACUGGGUAUAAUUUUUCCUAUUGGUCACAAAAGUAAAUAAAUGCUGCGGCGAAAUGUUCAUAAUAUUCACGCUGUUGAUUUAUUCGUGUGAGGCAAUGCGAUAAAUUGAACAAGCUAAAAUAUCAUCUAGACUGUCGUCCGGUGUAAGUAGGCAGCAUAAA